UUUUCGUUAUAAUAAAACCUAGACAUUACCAUGCUGCUUUAAAAUACACAUAUAAAGUUGUAUUAUGUUUGCAAACACACACGGACACACACUGUCUCGCGGGAGCGCGCACACACACACACACACAGAGCGCAGUGAAUCAGUGUGAAUGUCGCCGUGUUUCUUUCAUGUCAGUUUCUAUCACACGCGUUUUUCUACUGCUCGUUUUUUACAAAUCUAACCGACUUUCCUUUGUGACGGCGGAAAACAGCCGCACUUCGGGUUUCAGCGGUGUUUACUGACGGAUCGCGCCACACUGGAACUAUGAGCUUCAGCGGUCGGCGGGAGAGAGAGCGGCGGCUGCGCGGCUCAGGCGAGCCUUCCCGGGUGUGAGAGUGAAAUCGAGGCCGCUGGCGACGCGGCCUAGUGCGGGCGGUUUAAUGUUUCACUCGACAACACAGAACAGCGCUCCGUCUCCGUCAGGAACAGCAAUGGCUACUUGUGAUGACAGACUGACAUUGAUUGACAGAUGAUGCUGGCGGCACCUGUGCAGGUGACAAGGCCCUCAGCGUCACGGCAGGAGAAUGAAGCUUCAUUCGGACUCGUGCGAGAGCGCGCACGCGUGUGAGUCCGCGUCACGCGCCGACCCGGACAUGAACCCGAACCACCGUUUGACCUUGACCUCCCGCACGCCGAACCCCGGGUGUCAGGAGGCUCCGGAGCGACUGUGCAACGGUUCGUCUGACCAGUCGGGGCUCGAGAGUCUCGCGGCACACCGCGACGACGGGGGGUCGGCGGUGACCUCGGAGGACGAGAGCCGGUCCAGCACGGCGGACGACGAGGACGAUCUCACGCCCGAGAUCCAGCAGGCCUACCGAAUAUUUCAGAGCUUCCUCUCAGAGAAGCACAAGUCCAUAACGGCCCCGUUCUGGCAUCCCGUCGGCCCCGGGGAUCACGGAGAGAUGUGCUUCAGAAAGAUGGAUGAUAAGUUCGUGAAUCGCGAGUACGAGUCCAUCACGGCGUUCGUGGCAGAUUUCAGACUGAUGUUAGAGAACUGUUACCGCUUUCACGGAGUCGAUCACUGGAUCUCCAAACAGGCCCAGAAACUGGAGAUCAUCCUAGAACAAAAGCUCACACUGUUGUCCAGGACGCUGCGGGAGAAAACCACGCUGGCCGUGACGUCCAGAGGUCGUUUCGGCACGGAGGACGAGAAAGCGCCGGUCGGCUCGUCGUCCAGACGGAGGUCGGUGCCGCGUAACCUGGCCAGCAUCACUGUGGGCGGCAGCGAGUCCAUCAUGGUGCAGGCGCUGAGACUGGAGGAGCUGCAGCGAGCCAAAGACGAGAAGAGGCAGCGAGAGCUGGAGCGAAAGGAGGCCGAGGAGGCGUCGGCGAAGGAGGUGGAGGAGUGGGAGAGCUCCUUACUGUCUCUGGCAGAGCCGUGGCCGGUGCGGACCAUGUGGGAGCUUCCCGCCAUCGGCCACUUCCUGUGCCUGGCGCAGACGGCGCUCAACCUCCCCGAGAUCGUGUUCUACGAGCUGGAGCGCUGUUUGCUGAUGCCGCGCUGCAGCUCCUUCCUGGCCAAGAUCAUGACGUCGCUCCUCUGCCACCCGCACAAGAGAACUGCCGUCCACCGCCGCCCGCCACUGCCCUACAGGAAGUGGGAGGCGGAGCUGCGGAGGCGGGUCCAGGGCUGGUACCGGGCGGUGGGGCGGGUGGAGGACCAGACGGGGCGCGCCGAACGUCUCGGCCUCUGCCAUCAGUUCUUCUGGACGCUGGGUGAGGUCAGUCCGCUGGAGGAGACGCCCUUCCACCUGCUGGCCUUCAACCAGCGCGUCUGGCUCCUCAAGGGCCUCUGCGAUCACGUGUACGAGACGCAGAAGGACGUGCAGGACGCCGUCCUCGGGCAGCCCAUCCACGAGUGCCGCGAGUCCAUCCUGGGCUACGACGAACAGGAGAACGCCUACAUUCACUUCCCGCACUUCUGCGGCGCCGACCUGAGGAUCUACUGCCAGAGUCCCUGCGUCGCAAUGGAGUUUCCACUUCCGCUGUUCCACGUCAAGAGAUCCGAGGACGAUCCGGAGGGGUCAGAGGUCAAGGAGGAGACAUAUGAAGUAAAGGUGGAGGAUGAAAACUCCAGCAGGAUGGAGCUGAACUCAUGGGACGUGAAAGAAGAUUCACUCGCCGACGCGGAGGAUCUGGAUCAGAAGUCUUUCUCCCGUGUUCCUUCAUGGUGCAGAGAAGAUUCUCUGGACUCUGUAAGCGUUCGAGAAAAGCUCACGGAGGACGGACGGCUAAAAGAAGAGGACGAUGACGAGUCGGACUGCAAGCCGUGUUUCAGAGUGGGCGACAGCUGCUAUAAAGGCGUCUCGCCGGCUCUGAACACUCACAGAAGUCCUAAACACGACGAGAAUCACAUGAGCGCUGAGGAAGGAAGUCCCUGUCCGGAUUGUUCAGGAGCGUCGCAGGAAUCUCCACGUCUCUGUUCCCGCUGUCGGGUCUGGACCGAACCCAUCCGGCCCGAAAUCACACACCUGCGACGGGACGACUCCGAAACGACACGUGCCCAAAAGAAGAAGAGGAAGAAGAAGAAAGACAGGAAGUUCGCCAUGAAGAAAUCGAAGACGAGCAAACUGAUCUUGAAGAACCGAACGGCCAAAAGCAGCGUGCAGAGAGCCGCCAAAAACAUCAAGAAGAAAGACAAGAGGAAAAGACACAGACUGGGAAAGAGGUUUGAUGGGAAGGCGAUGUUGAUGAGGAGAUCGUCAGGAUCUGCUCCGCCGCCGGCCGAACCCACGUUUCAGUUGGUUUGCUCCAGUCUGGAUGAUCUCAGAGUCCUGAUCAGUAAAACAGAAGAUCAACUCGAUGAACUGGACGGCAAAAAGAGAUCUGGACGGUGGCCGCACAAAAGAGCCGCCGUGAAAGACUUGCACAUCACACUUAUAAGGCUGCUAAAUGAGCUGUUACCAUGGGAACCCAAACUCGUCAAGGCCUACCAGAGAAACAGAGCUCGCUUGAAAAGGGAGUGCGACGAAUUCAGAAAACACCCCGAAUAUGAGAACUUUAUCAGGGAGCAGAUGGAUACAGAAGAUCCUGGGGAAGUUGCAUGCAAAGAUGGUUUGUUGUCUGCUGAGACGACAAGAGAACAGGAAGAGAGUGAAAUCAGAAUGGGCAGAACUGUGAAGGAAGAUUCUGAGACAGCAGAGAAUGUAAAUUACGAAUCAAGAUGUCUAGUCGACAGACCUGAUGUUGUCAUGCAUUCAUCAGAGUCUGGACCUUUCACACGCAGUUCAAAACGGCGCCAAACUGGUGCAAUCACUGAGGAACUGAGUCUGUGCAAAAGAGGCAAAACAGACCCAGAUAGCUCUUUGACGUCUGAUUUAAAUGUGGAAGUUGCAUCCCACGAAGCCUCAGUGUUGCGUGAGCCUUUGAGUAGCUUUCAGGGAACUUGCAAACCCAUCCAGGCUUUGCUGGCUAAGAGUGUUGGAAAUAAAGUGACCUUAAUAAGUCAUCCGAAGGCUGCGGUGAUGGCUCAGAUUCUGCGGGAUCAUAACAAGACAGCGUCUGUAACUCGAUUAUCAACUACCUGUCCGUCUACGCCACACUCUGAACCUGUCUCUGUCUCAGAAACAACUACGACAUCCACAACCGAAAGCACUGGACAGGUGGUGUACAAGACGGCAGGUGGCGUAGGGCUUCUCAGGAAAGGAAGCACUUCUGUAAACUUUUCAGUGCAACCAAUAUCGGAUCAAAAAUCAGGGGCGAAGGUGAUGCAGCAAGUCGUAAUCCUGCCUUCAAAUCUACUGAUUCAAAGCACUGAGAAUAAGGCAGCCCAGACCUCUGCAUCUGCCCUUAAGACUACAACAUACUUGUCCAGCGCUUCAGGGUUCACUGUACCGGAAAACAAGGUUCCUGUUCAGCCGGUUGCACCUUUGAAAGAUAACAGCACUGUAAGAACACCAUCUGCUGUAGUUACGCCCAGUUUAAGGAACUUAACGACUGUUGGUGUGCCUAAAAAGACUACUGAACCAAAGGUGGCCAGCAGUGGUCCGACCAAACCUGAUGCUAAACAGGAGCUCAGGACAGUGUGUAUUAGAGACUCGCAGUCCAUCCUUGUUACUACGAGAGGAGGCAACACUGGAGUGGUGAAGGUUCAGACGUCAGAGAGUGGAACGGGGGCUUUGCCACCCAGCCCGGUUUUUAACAUCUCGCCCCAACUUCAAGCCUUUCUAGUGUCAAAGUCUUCCACGUCCACUACACAAGCUGUUUCGGCCACUCUUGCUGCUAAAUCUCUACCUGGAAUCACUCCUCAGUCUACUUUUGUGGCGGGAACUGUCGCUCCUUUAACGUUUAAUCAGAUUUCCAAUACUGGCACUACAGGCAAAACAACAAACCCUGCUAAAUCCACACUCCUGGCUACAAGCAAAAGCAGUGAUCGAGUCCUCACAAAUGCGAAAGACAGUGCUCAGCAGAAUACGGUCUCUAAAUGUGGAACAAAGCUACCACAGAAACGGGCUCUACCUGGAAGCACAACUCCAGACCAGUCUACUUUCCAAAAGGUAUUCCUGGUCACACCUUCGCCAAGUAUUCCUUCAAAGGUCACUACUACAUCAACCUGUACCGCACCGGGAUCACGGGUCAUGUUUGUAAGCAACUCUGCCCUUACCAUUCCAAAAGAGACGUCAACUUCAGGGGUUAACGUUUCCUCUGCUAGUACACCAGCGUUGAAGGUUAUUCCCAAUUUGGGAACGACCUUAUCCUGCACUUCUGGUACAAGCAUCCAGAGCAUCGGUGUCCCAGGGUUAACAUCAAGAAUACUUGGCACAAACAAGAAACCUGAAGCCUUGACGAAAACUACACCUGUGAUCGUCUCCAGAGUACCUGCAACCACAAGUGGACUUCAGAUUGGUCCAAAAACCUGUUUGGUUGCAAGCAGAAGUCUGUCAGGGAAUACCGAAAGUGCUAUGAAAGUACCUCGGACUGCUGAUGGUAAAACACUCACGUUUUCAACUCUAGGCACCGGCCACAUGGCUUCCUCUGCACUUCUAUCAGUUGUGAAACCGGAUUUACCACCGUCAGUUCCAGCGCUAAAUGCUCUUCACUGUAAACCAGGGUUAUCAGGCAGCUCUACUUCAAGUACAUCUUCAUCUUAUUCAGGAAGCCUAAUUACCAAACACACUACGUUACCAAUUAAUGUGACUGCUAACAAGCCAGUGAACACACCCCUUUGCACUUCACACUCACUGAUUAAAACGACAGCCAAUACUUCCGCUUCUGCAGUAUCCAGUACUUUUGCAUUGAGUUGCAGCUCCACGUUAACUCCUCCGGUGGUGACCUCUGGAGUCCGACCUCUGACCUCUACGACCAAGAGUGUUCAGGAGAAACUAGUGAUCAACACCACUGCCCCGCUUGCCCCUGGAACUCAGCUCCUGAUCAAUAACACCAGAUUUGUUGUACCUUCUCAAGGCCUUGCACCUGGCAGCCACGUUCUGCUUAUCUCCAACUCUUGUCCUGGAGGAUUGCAAGGGUCAAAUCCCGCUGUUCCUCAAAGAUUGCAGGGUCCAAGUUCUACUAGUCCUGGAGGAUUGCAAGGGCCAAGUGUUGCCAGUCCUCGUAGAUUGCAAGGGCCAAGUUCCGCUUGUCCUCGAGGAUUGCAAGGGUCAAGUCCUGCUGUUCCUCAAAGAUUGCAGGGUCCAAGUCCUGGUAGUCCUGGAGGAUUGCAAGGACCAUGUCUUGUUGGUUCUCGAGGAUUGCAAGGGCCAAGUCCUGCUGGACCUCAAGGCUUGCAAGGGCCAAGUCCUGCUGGACCUCAAGGCUUGCAAGGUCAAAGUCUUGCCAGUCCCGGAGGAUUACAAGUCCUAAGUCCUGCUUUCACUGCUUCUAGAGGUCCAAACUUUUCAGCUACUCACACGGUUCCUUCAGUUGUACAAGGUGUAAGAUUGGUAACACCGGUCAGGCUACCCUUGGCAAAAGUUGGACCUUCUGAUCAAGCCCGUCAGCAACUGAGCAUUAGAACUCCAUUGAAUGUGUCUGGUCCUACUGUUCUCUCACAAGUGGCACAAGCUCUGCGUCCUGGUGUAUCAUCAGACACUGUGAGACUUCCUAUCUUUCAAACCUCCAGUGUCUCAGUUGCAGCAUCACAAGGUACGACCGGGAGUCCUAAAGAAACCUCUCUUUCCCAAAGACGUUUACUAAGCACAGCUUCUCCAAUGCUCCUGCAAGGAAGACCAUCACAAAACCAAGUGGCGCCGGUCGUACCACCAGCGAAAGCUGCAAUUCCAAGGCAUUUGCCAAUGGUAAAUGUACCACCCAUGAGCAGCACGAUAUCUCGGAUGCAGAAACUUCCGGUUGCAACAGUUCCACCAAUCGGUGGUCCAACCAAUGCCAGUUCAGCCACUCCUAUUGCAACCGUUCCUCCGUCUGUGAGCACAGUCAUAAUGACACCUUGUCCGCCUAUCAGAACCGUGCAACCUGGGACAAUCGGAAAGCCAGUUAUUUUACCCCAGUCAGCGCAAGGUCAAAGCACGGUUCCCGUACAAGUUCCCACUCCUGCUAAACUGUUGUUGAGCCCAGAUGGUGCUGUCUUAAAUAUCGUUCAGGCCUCAGCAUCAAGCGUGCAAGUGUUGGCGAAGCCAAUGUCCGCUCAACUGAUCAGUUCCUCCUCAAGUAGCGUUAGUGUACCUAUUUUAAACACAAGUGAUCCGUUGAGAAGACCAGAUACCCUGGGGAGACCUAAUCACUGAGAUGGUUCUGGAGGUUGUCUGAUUUCCCGUCGUAGAGGAUGGGUCUGUUCAGUGUUUUGGCCUUUGUUGAAAAAAAAACAAGUGGGCUUCCUUUGGUUCUCCCCAUCUUGAAAGGCUGAAUACUAAAUACCUAAAUUAAUCAUUUUUGUGCAUUUUGCUCUUUACAGUACCAGUUAAGGGGAAAUUGGUUAUCUUUAGAGUUGUAAAUAAAAUUGGUUUUGCAAAGAGAAAUUUGGAGAUUUGAAAUGGCCAGUAAUGUACAUAACAGUAUUUGUUUGGCUGACUCUUUUCUACUCCAUUUGUAUGCAAUGGUUUGAAUGUUUUGUAGCAUUUUCCAUUAAAAUGAUUAAUAUUAUUCUGUAGAACAGUCUUCGGUCUAUUUAAGAGUAUGUCUGGCUGAUCACAAGCCUGCGUUAGUGCAUUCAGGCGUAGGUUGAGUAUUAUCAGACAUCAUCUGAUAACAGUUUGGUUUUGUGUUUCCUCUAUAUUCAUGAAAAUAAACUUGGCAUAUUUAUGACUGAAGCAAAACACUGGUGUGCUGUGCUUGUCUUUUGAGUUUGUUAAAUGUAUGAGAUCAGAGAAUCCCAAACAUUUUUGUUGGCUGUAUCCAUUUAUUUUACGGUAUAAUGCAGGGGUGCUCAACCCUGUUUUUGGAGAUCGACCUUCCUGCAGAGUUCAGCUCCAACCCUGAUUAAACACACCUGAACCAACUAAUUAGGAUCUGAAGGAGCACUUGAUAAUUACAGACAGGUGUGUUUGAUCUGGGUUGGAACUAAAUUCUGCAGAUUGGGCACCCCUGGUAUAAUGUAA